UCUCUCCCCUCUUCUCUCUUCCUCACAUUCCUCACCAAACCCCCCACAAACACACAUCCACACGUACGCAAGCUUUAUAGAACCAAUGUCUCCUUUCAAACUAUUCUUCUUCACGGCUCUUAUCUUGGCGGCGUUCUCAGCCUCCGUUGCUGAUUUUAACAGCGAUGUCAACGUAGCUUGGGGAAAUGGCCGUGGGAAGAUACUCAACAACGGCCAGCUUCUUACUCUCUCCUUAGACAAAUCCUCUGGUUCUGGCUUUCAAUCCAAAACAGAGUAUUUGUUUGGAAAGAUUGAUAUGCAGAUUAAGCUCGUCCCUGGUAACUCAGCAGGAACUGUCACUACUUUUUACCUCAAAUCUGAAGGCUCGACUUGGGAUGAGAUUGAUUUUGAGUUCUUGGGUAAUAUGAGUGGAGAUCCUUAUACUUUACACACUAAUGUUUACACUCAAGGAAAAGGUGACAAAGAGCAACAAUUCCAUCUCUGGUUCGACCCAACCGCCAAUUUCCACACUUACUCUAUCCUCUGGAACCCUCAAAGAAUCAUAUUGACAGUCGAUGACACACCAAUUAGAGAGUUCAAAAACUCAGAGUCGAUCGGUGUCUUGUUCCCCAAAAACAAGCCGAUGAGGAUGUACGCGAGUUUAUGGAACGCAGACGACUGGGCAACUAGAGGAGGUCUUGUUAAAACGGAUUGGUCCAAAGCACCAUUCAUGGCUUCUUACAGAAACAUAAAGAUUGACUCGAAACCAAACUCAAACUGGUACACGCAAGAGAUGGAUUCAACGAGCCAAGCUAGACUCAGAUGGGUCCAGAAGAAUUACAUGAUCUACAAUUACUGCACUGACCGUAGAAGGUUCCCACAGGCCCCUAAGGAAUGCACAGCAAGCUCUUAAUAAUCUCUAUUACAUAUUUAUUUAUUUAUCUAUCUAUCUUCCUCUGUCUUUUUUUUUCUUACUUCUUAUGUGAAUGAAUGCUCUGUUUCUUGUUUGUCUAUGUCUGAGAAUUUCCUUUUUAUUUUCUGGUUUUGAUUCUUUUCGUUGUAUAUCUUUGUCCAAUAAAAAGGCAAUGGUGUGGCUUUACUCUUAUAGAAGAUAUAUAUAGGGUUAGUUAAAAGUA